GAAAGAGGUCCUGCCUACGUCAGUCGGCCGCCUGUUGCUCUAUCUAACUGCUAGCUCGUGAAGUGUGCGUUUGUGGAUAGCUGUGUAAUCCCAAGAAAUAAGUUCCUCCCUUAUUCCGAAUCAUGUCUUAGAUUCGAACAUUUUUGUAUCGUUUCUUAAGAAUUAUUCGAAAAGCGAGUGCAUUAUCGAUUUGUGAUAGAAUGCGUAGAAGAGGGAGCGUGGCGUGGUUACCAUAGCGACCGGUGACACUGAGCGAAGAUGGCUGCUCUAUGCAGCGAAUGUCAGUGAAGCCUGUUGGAUUUUCUUUCGCUUGUCCAGGGUGGAUUCGGUUCGUUGGUUCCUUUCAUUCAUCAAUUUUCUCUGCAGCCCCCGUGAACUGGUUUACGUGUUGUUGAUAUUCUUUCUUUGCGACACCUGUGAUUCUUACUUCAUUUUUAACUGUGUUUAGAUUAACAGAAUUGUGGAUUUAAUACCUAGGAUUAUUUAUCGAACCUAAAAAGGUAAACUGAGGUGUCCAAGAGUUGUUAAUUGCCGCCGCCAUGAAAAAGCGGCAGAAGCGAUGGGUGCUGCUCCCGUUCAUCGCUUUUUUCUGCUGCCUGCGGGGCGAAGAUCUGCACUAUCCCUUCUUCGAAGAUCCCGAGAUAGAGAGGUUCAAUCACAUGACGGUGCACGAUUACACAGAGAGAGUUUACAUAGGCGGUGUGAAUCGAAUCUUCCAACUAUCUAGGGACCUGAAAAAGGAGGCGGAGGCCAUCAUGGGACCCCAGGAGGACAGCCCGAAAUGCCCUGUUACACGUGUGUGCCCAAACGAGGCGAAGAGACAGACGGACUACUACAACAAGGCUUUGGUGGUCGACUACUCCCAGAGCAAGCUGAUCGCGUGCGGUAGUCUCUUCCAAGGAACUUGUACUGUCCACGACUUGAACGACGUGUCCAGUUUCGAGACACCGGCCAGUGAGUCGGUCGUGGCCAACAACGCCACCGCUUCUACUGUCGCUUUCAUAGCUCCGGGACCAAAGAAUCUACCGCGGACCCACGUCCUCUAUGUUGGGGUGUCGUACACGGGCAACGGGCCAUAUCGAUCUGACGUGCCUGCCGUAAGUAGCAGAAGUCUAGAUCCCAGCAACAUGUUCGUGAUCGCCCACAGUGGCGUGACCACGGGCACGAAAAUCAUGCUGAACAGCAUGUCGCGGGAGAUCUACCCUAUAACCUACGUCUACGGCUUCAGCAGCAAAGGCUUCUCCUAUUUCGUCACAGUCCAGAAGCUCUCCACAGAUCCACCCAAACCCUUCAUAUCGAAGCUGGUGCGGGUCUGCCAGAGGGACGUUCAGUACUACUCUUAUACGGAAGUGCCACUCGUCUGCCGUACAGACGGUACGGACUACAACCUCGCUCAAGCCGCCUACGUCGGCAGACCGGGAUCCGAGCUCGCCAAGUCGCUGGGCAUAUCCGCUCAGGAUAAUGUCCUCUUCGCCGUUUUUGCCAAAUCCAAAGAUGAGGCGGACAUCUACAACAAGCCCAGUCCCAAUUCCGCUCUGUGCGUCUACGCACUGUCAGCCGUGCACAGAAAGUUCACCCAAAACAUCCAGCACUGUUUCAAUGGAAAUGGACAGAGGGGAUUGGAUUUCAUUAAUCCUAGUCAAUCAUGCUACCCAACGCAAUUGCAAAUAAACGAUGAGUUCUGUGGUAUGGAUGUAAACACGCCCCUUGGUGGUAGCAUGCCCGUGGAAGCAGCUCCUGUCUUGCGUUUUUCUGGCAUUCUCCUGACAGCUGUUGCUGCCACCUCCACUCAUGACUACACUGUCACAUUCCUCGGCACAUCUACAGGACAUCUCAAAAAGGCUGUCGUGGAAACUGUGGUGAAAGCGUCUGAGUACAGCGAUUUGGCUAUUGAUGAGGGUAACCCAGUCAAUGCUGACAUGCUUUUUGACAAAGCAAAAAAUCACCUCUACGUCAUGACGGAAAAACGGGUGACCAUGGUUAAAGUUCAGGAGUGCCAUGUCUUUAAAUCUUGUAUGGACUGUCUAGGAGCAAAUGACCCAUACUGCGGAUGGUGUUCUCUUGAAAAUAAAUGCAGUUUGAGAGGAGCGUGUGCAGAAGCUGCACAAGAUCCCCUCUAUUGGCUAUCUUAUAAAAGUGGGAGGUGUACUACAAUAACUGAAGUGCAUCCACCUCAAAUACAACGCACUACAGCAAGAAUACUGAGUUUAGUUAUUGACAAUCUACCUGCACUCGAGGGUCAAUUCUUUUGUGCCUUCACUGCAUUUGGGAAAACUCUUAUCACAAAUGCCACUAGAUCUGCAAAUGGCGUAAAUUGCCCCACCCCUCACACAGACUCUCUGCCCACCAUUCCACCCGGAGAGCAUCAUUUUACUGCAAAAUUAUCGGUCCGAAUGAAAAUUGGUCCAGACUUUGUUGCAACGAAUUUUACUUUUUAUGAUUGUAGCACUUAUACCUCUUGUACCCAAUGUGUGUCCAGUGAUUUUCCAUGCGAUUGGUGUGUUACUGGUCAUCGAUGCACUCAUGAUACUGGAGAGAAUUGUCGAAAUGAUGUUCUUGUUACUGGCGUUUCUAGCAUUGGACCGAGCAUACGAUCUGGUCCCGGAUUCUGUCCAAGAAUUAACAAAACUGCAAAUGGUUCUGCAGAAAUCUUGGUUGCUUCCGGUAUCAGUAAGAGAAUCUCGGUCAAAGUGGACAAUAUUCAGCAGCACAUAGCGAGGAUGCGGUUCUUAUGCCAAUUCAACAUUGAAGGACGCGUCAAGCAAGUGAAUGCUCAACUGAUCGGGGAAAUCAUGUAUUGCGAAGAAAUGGUCUUUUCUUAUACUACUCAAGCACCAAAUAUCACCGCUGCAUUUGCUGUGAUUUGGGAUGUAAAUAAACCAUUUGAUAAUCCUGAAAAUAUCCAUGUUCUUAUAUUUAGAUGUUCUGGAAUGGCCCAAAGCUGUGGUAUUUGUUUAGAACUACCUGAGAAAUACAAAUGUGGAUGGUGUCAGGAUGCUGACAACUCUUGCCAAGUUUAUGAACAUUGCAAUCGCUUACCAACUCUUUGGCUUGACAGAAAGCAAACCUGCCCAAACCCACAGAUUACUUCCUUUUACCCGAAAUCUGGUCCUUGGGAAGGUGGUACAAACAUUACAAUCCAUGGAAUCAACUUGGGCAGAGUGUACAACGAUAUAGCUGGUGGAGUGAGAGUGAUACACGAAGACGGGAAAGUAAUUGCCGAAUGCAAUCCUCAUGAAGAGUUAUACGUAAAGACAACUCAAAUUGUUUGCAAUGUUGAGAAGCCACCCAAUUUAACAAAUGGAUUGAUGGGUGUUCACAUGGAUGGAUUCAUCGAGGUCAAAGUAUUGAAUGACUAUUUUGCGCGAUCCAGGGAGCAAUACUCAUUUGUUAAUCCAAGAAUUACAUCCAUCAAACCAGGUAAAGGUCCAAGAUCAGGAGGGACCAUUUUAGAAAUUUGGGGGUUGCAUAUGGAUGCUGGAAGCCAAGCUGAAGCUUUUGUUGGAGCUCUACCAUGCAAUGUCAGCAGUCGUGAUUCGAACAGAGCUGUUUGUCUAACGUCUGCCUCCAAAGAAACAACGACGCAAACUGUACGAAUCAAAUUCGACAAUGGAUUGAGGGUGUUUGAAGAUUAUAAAUUUCUAUAUGUAGAAGAUCCUACCAUAAUCAUUGUAGAAUCUGGUUCCAGCAGUCAAAGAGGCAUUCCUAAGGGCAUUCCAAGUGGUGGUAUAACAAUUAGUGUAAAGGGGACCAAUCUCAAUUCAGUUCAACUUCCCUAUAUGUACCUGAUGGUGAAUGAAGAAGAGUUCAACAGUACUUGUGAAGUGUUGUCUCCCACUGAGAUGCGAUGUAAGAGUCCCAGAGUUCCCGCUGAAAAACUGGAUUUUGGGACGGAGGCUCAUCCCAUAGAUUUGGAUUACGGAUUCAAGAUGGACCACGUGGAACGUGUCCAAAACCUGAGCAGCCAGCUUAAAUAUUCCAAGUUCAUAAUGUUUCCAGAUCCUAUUUAUUAUCCUUUCUCUGAAAAGAAUGGCAUCAAAUACUACAAAAGUGACUAUCUCACCAUUAAUGGUAUGAAUUUAGAUAGAGCUUCACAGGAGAGUGACGUUGUUGUUCGAAUUGGGACCAGUUUCUGUAAUGUGACGUCUCUCUCCCGAUCUCAACUCACCUGUCGACCGCCCACAACGCAGCCACCCGCGAGAGAUGCCAAUGGGAAACCUGACCAGAAUAAAAUUCCUCAAGUUGUGGUUGAAGUGGGAGAUCACUUGAAAUUUACGAUAGGCAAACUGAGCUAUGAGCUUCCGUCUAGUCAAGAUGCCACCCUUACAAAACCUGUUAUUAUUGGUGUGAUUACUGGUGCUUGUAUUCUGGUUGUCAUAGUGAUUAUCAUCCUCAUUGCAUAUCGUCGUAAGUCAACUGAAAGCUCUAGAGUACUCAAGAGUAUGCAGGAACAAAUGGAUGUUCUAGAACUACGUGUAGCUAGUGAAUGCAAAGAAGCUUUUGCUGAACUUCAAACAGAGAUGACAGAUUUGACAAGCGACCUGACAACGGGUGGUAUUCCAUUCUUAGAUUAUAGAACUUACGCCAUGAAAGUUUUGUUGCCAAACAGUGAUGACCACUCUGUACUGAGAGACAUGCAAAUUGAUCCUAUUAAAAAGCCUUAUAUUGAGAAAGGUCUGCGCUUGUUUGGUCAACUCAUUAUGAAUAAAACAUUUCUACUGCUGUUUAUACGCACACUAGAAUCUAAUCGUUAUUUUUCUAUGCGCGACAGAGUUAAUGUUGCUUCCUUGAUAAUGGUAACAUUGCAAGGAAAAAUGGAAUACUGCACUGAUAUUUUGAAAACACUAGUGGCUGAACUAAUUGAGAAAUGCAUGGAAGGAAAAAGUCAUCCGAAAUUGCUCCUGAGAAGAACAGAGUCUGUAGCUGAAAAAAUGCUUUCUGCUUGGUUCACAUUCCUUUUGUACAAGUUCCUCAGAGAGUGUGCUGGAGAGCCUCUGUUCAUGCUGUACAGGGCCAUCAAGCAACAGGUAGAUAAAGGACCAGUAGAUGCAGUCUCCAGUGAGGCCAGAUAUUCACUGUCUGAAGAGAAGCUCAUCAGGCAGUCUAUUGAGUACAAGAGCAUGACGGUGUACGUGUCGAUGUCUUCACAGACUGUGUACGUACAGGGUUUGGAACCUCACGGAGAGAACAUUGAGACACCAGUCAAAGUAUUAGAUUGUGAUACAAUUUCGCAGGUGAAAGAGAAAUCACUUGACGCCAUUUACAGGAACACACAGUUCUCACAGAGACCAAGUAAAGAUGGACUCGACUUGGAGUGGAGAGCUGGCAAUUCAGGGCGUCUCACACUUUCAGAUGAAGACUCCACUACAAAAACUGAAGGAGAGUGGAAAAGGCUCAAUACUUUAGCUCAUUACAAAGUCCCUGAUGGUGCAUUGUUGACACUUGUGCCAAAACAAUCAUCUAUGUAUAAUCUAACUAUCAUGACAGACAAAUUAGAGAAAUCUCAUAAAUAUGAAACAUUAAAUUUUGCAUUAAAAACUAGUCCUCCUUUAAGUAGAGCAACAUCACCUAUGAAUCAUGAUCCUGAAGGUGGCUACAAAUAUUGGCACUUGGUGAGGCAUCAUGAUGCAGAACAGAAAGAAGGUGAAAGAGGAAACAAAAUGGUUUCAGAAAUUUAUUUAACACGUUUAUUAGCAACAAAGGGUACUUUGCAGAAGUUUGUGGAUGAUCUUUUUGAAACAAUCUUCUCCACAGCUCAUCGAGGGAGUGCCUUGCCAUUAGCCAUCAAAUACAUGUUUGAUUUUUUAGAUGAUCAAGCACUCAAUCAUGGCAUCACAGAUCCUGAAGUAGUACACACAUGGAAGUCCAACAGCCUUCCACUGAGAUUCUGGGUGAACCUUAUAAAGAAUCCUAAUUUCGUAUUUGAUAGUCACAAGUCAAAUAUAGUAGAUUCUUGCCUGUCUGUUGUUGCCCAGACAUUCAUGGAUGCCUGUUCCACAUCAGACCACAGAUUAGGAAAGGACUCCCCCAGUAGCAAACUUCUCUACGCAAAGGACAUUCCUGUUUACAAAGAUUGGGUCGAGAGGUAUUAUAAAGAUAUUAAAAAUAUGGCAGCAAUAAGUGAUCAAGACAUGAACGCUAUGCUUGCUGAGGAAUCUAGGCUUCAUGCCCACGAGUUCAACACAAAUGUAGCACUUUAUGAUCUUUAUGCUUAUGCAGUGAAAUACAAUGACCAGCUCAUACAAACACUGGAAGAAGAUGAGUUUUCCACUAAGAACAAGUUGCCGUGGAAACUCGCUCAGGUGCUUUCUAUCAUGUGUGGAGAGUCUGAUGCAUGACAUGUGUCUACACAAUAGUCCCAAUUUAAAACAUUCCAUUUCUUCUGUUUCUAAAUGCACCCAUCCCCCAUAAUAUGGUGCAAAAGAACUUUGUAGUAGCGGGGCUACUGCUCUCCUCUUGUGUUUUUUUUUCCGAAGGAAUAAUGUUUAAAAAUUCUAAGGAAUGUGUCAAAAAUUCUUAUGUAUCAUUGUCAAACCUUUAUAAACACGAUGUAUUUAUUCCUUGGGAUUGUCAGUGCACAGGUACUUUUACCAAGAACAGUUUAUUUGUGUGAAAAAAAGUACUUUUUUUUACCACUACUUUAGCAUAUGUGCAAUUUAUGAGGGAAGAAAAAAAAACUUUUUUUUACCGCUAACUUCAGCAUACGUGCAAUUUACGAGAAAACAAAAAAACUUUUGUAUAAGAGGGAAACUGCAUGCGUCUGAAGCAGUUAAAUGGUGCUCAUUCUAGAUCAAGAAGCAGAUAAAGUAUAGUUGAAAAAAAAAUAUAUUAUAGGAGGUGCUUUAGUGUUUGCCCUCCUAGCAUAUAUCAAUGUUUAGUAUUUCAGCGUGGAUAUAGAAAGAAGAAGAUCAAGAUUUAAAAGCCAUUUUCAGUGCCUUGCAUUGCUUCGUCCUAAGCUCUUCAAUUUGCAGGCAACUGACUCCAAAACUACGCCUGCUUUGGAAUUAAUUUUGGAAAUCCUGCAUUUGAGUCCCUAACACCCAACUGAGUUGCGAUGUUCAUCGCAACGAUGCUACUUUUUCGUGUGUCUUCCAAUGAGGAAAAAAAAUAUUCCUUUCUUCUGUUUUUUCCCUUUUGUAAUAAUUUUUUUUUAUAGUUCCUUUUUAUUUAAUAACUGUGAUUGCACAAUGCUGGCCGCUCCCUUCGUUCCGACGCUUCAGAGUAACACAAUAUUGUACUACAGAAUAUUGCGACAAUACAAUGUUAUGUAACAAUGUUGGGCAGCAUUUUAGACAAUGUGAUGAUCGUGUGACUUCCGUAAUGAUGAUUUGUUGCGUAGGUGUUAAUUUUUCUGGAUUUUUUUAUAGUUUAAGCAAAAAUUAUAAUUUUUUACUCAUUUAAGGUCAGGUUUUUUUUUUUUUACUUAUUUCUUGGUCAAGAAUUUAUGUGAUAUGUACCUAGUUGCAAACUGUAAUGAACAUUUUCUGUUACUUAUGGCCACCUAGUUUUUGUAUAUCUUAGAAAAUUUUCUGAAACUGGGAAAGUUUCUGAAAAAAAAUUCCAAGAAAGAUAGAAUAAAUCGAAAUUAAAAUCGAAUGUUUUUUUCUUUAGUUUUUGCUUGCUUGAGUAUACAAUUAAGUAUUUCGGAUGGAUAGUUCGAGCAAACAUUUAUAUUUAUCCGGUUCAGAUUUUUUUUUAAUUAAGGAGCUUUUUACUAUCUAAAAUUGUUUCAAUAUACACCAGUCAAAAUUAUAAGUAUAGCAAAAACAUUUUACGUUCAAUUUUAUAUAAUGUCAAUCGGAGAAAAAAAUAUUAGUCAAUUUAAAUGUAUAGUUAUUACUGUUAUAUAAUUUUUGUUUAAUUUUAAAUAUCCCAGAAAUUAGUUCUGUCGAAGCUGUUUUAGAUAGUAUGCAAUAGUUAGCAGAAAACUUAUAUUUCAUUAAAUCUGGGGAAUUUUUUUUCCCAUUUCCAUGUUAGCAGUCAUGCUUGUUGCCUUGCUGCAUAUUCUUCUGCAUUUAGCCUGUUAUUCCUGGCGUGAUAAAAAAAUUCUUGUUUUAUUCCUUUUUAAAAAAUUUCUCUAAAAUGUAGACUUUUGCUAAAAAAAAAUCUCUUUAAAAAUAGGUUUUUACUCACCUUCAUUACAUUAUUUAGAAUUUAAAAAAUUGACUAUAUUAAAUAAACUUGAAAUUUAAACAAAAAGUAAUUUUUAAGAAUUUUAUUUAAUUUAUAGUGUUUGAAAAUUUUUCUUUACGGAUUUUAUAUUUUUAAUUAAAUACCUUCUCUGUGUAUAUUUAGUGUCAUGAAAAUUUUAAACUUGCUGUACAAGAAUAUUUUUUCCAGUAAUCUAAAAUGGAAUUUUUGUUUUCGCAUUUUAAAAAUUAAUAAAAAAAAAUAAUUGUCUAAUUAUUAAGUUUAUUUAAUGUCAAUUAAAAAAAGCGAAAUUUAGUUUAAUCAUUGAUGAAAGACAAAUGAUUAUAUUUUAUCGCCUUUUUUGUUUGUUUUUAGAAGGCCAUACGAGUCAGGAAUAUUCUACACGUUGUGCAAUAUUUUGCAAAAAUAUUUCAAUUCCUUACAUCAAUAAAUUUAAUGUUCAUCAGUCUGUGCAAAGUUUCUAUUUCGUAAAGGAAUAAAAUUUAUUUAUUUUUGAUGUUAGAGCUCGAUGGUAUAGUGUACGACAUCCGGUAUAGGCCAAAGUAAACAGUCUCACACAGCCCACAAGGUAACUCAAUAGAUUAGAAAACUGUCAACCAGUCGUCUCACGUUCACUGUCAAUUGAAAAUGUUGUGUGUGUGUUUUUUUCUUUUUUUCCUCAAAGCUUUUCUUGAUAAUAGAAAUGAAACCUGUAAUGUUUCCCAUAUUUUGAAAAAUGCUGCACACGAAAUCCCUUACAUCAUUAACCGCUUUCCUUACAAUUUUUUGAGAAAAAAAGCAAAAAAUCAACAUACUUUUUAAUUUUGUUAAUAAAUACAAGGAACUAAAACAAAAUAUAACACACUAGUAUUUUAAGUUGAAAAAAAAAAAUUUUUUUUAUGCGUAAAAAACAUUUUAUUUACCAUUAAUUUUUUUUACUAUCUGGAGUAAUCUCUGGCAAUUACAUAUUAGUCUUUGGAUGAUAUGUUUUAAAAUAAGGGACAACACAAAGUGAUGCGCCAUUUUUUUUACUAUUUUUGUUUGUUUUUAUCCUAUGUAAAUUCCGUUAUAUUGUAUAUACGAUCGCAUGAAACGCGUUUGAGUCACAAUCCUACAGCAAAACGUGGUAAUUUUCUAAUCACGAUAGAUUUUUUUAUUUUUUUUGCUUCCAGCUGAGUAAAAACGUGAUUAAACAAAACGCACUGAAAAAUUCUGUGCCAGACUUUUCUCGGGAUAAUGAACAUUUGCAAUGUAUACAUACCCGAGUUGACUCGAAAUAAUCAGGGAAAUUUUUAAUAUCAACAAUUUUUUUUAAAUAGUUCGAAAUUUUUGAAACAGUGGCCACUGUUACGACUGGCCAAUGAUAGCGAAGUCUCCUAAUAUUUUGCCCUACAGCAUUGAAACAUAUUGUAUUGAUAUUGUCACAGUAUUAUUGACAUUUUUGUGCUACUGAAAAGCAAUAGGAAUGGACUAUAUCAGCUGUAGAUCUUUUGAGAGUGAAUUUACGAACGUUUUGUUUUUAUUUUCUUGGCCUGCUAGAAACUUGAUGGGGAAAAUAAAAGCUUGGCUACAAUCAGUGCUUGUGGAAGUGAGUGUAAAUGGCACGAGCUUGUAUUGCCAAAACCACAAGCCUAUUUAAAAAAAAAAAAAAAAUACUAAACGUUGUUAUGAAGUAUAAAAAAAUUGCUGCACUGUGAUACUUUCUCUCUGUAGUGUUCAAAAAGAAAGGAACUGUUUUAAAAAAAGAAACAAGUGAGCUGGCUCGGUGCUGUAUGCCGCACGCGCAUACACAAAUCGUCAGCUUGUGUAUAAUGUUAUUGUAAUUUAAAUGGUCGUCAGCUCUUGUUCCAUAUUUUAUAGAUAAUCAAAUUCAUCAGUGUUGUUUGUGUAUAAUUCAAUGGAGACAUAUUUCCAAUGGCACUCUGUCCACCUUCAUUAAUUCUAAAAGCUAAAGAAGAAAAAAAAUUCCUAAGAGAGCUUAUUUUGCUCUGGCAGUUUUAAUAAGAGCUUGUGCAUGUUUCAGAAUCUAGUUGUUUGAUGAGGUGUGUGUGUUGUUUUUCUUUUUCUGCCUAUUUGUAUAAAAAAAAACUGCUUUGAUUUGUGAUUUUUAUAUAUUUAUGACCUGAGCCUGGAUGUUGGAGUCUUAACACCAUUAUUGCCAUGUUAGGCUUAGCUAAGCCUAAAGGCAUAGUGAUAAUUAAAUGUCAUUCUUCUUCACCAUGUUAGGCUAGCUAAGCAUGAAUAUUGAACAAAAGCCUCAUUUAAAUCUCUUUUAAAUUAUGGUUAAAAUAAAAUUACUUAUUUAAACUUACUUAUUACUUUGUUUGAAUGUAAUUCAACGGGAUUUGCACAUUAAGAUUCUUUCAGAUUUUUAAAAUUCUCCAAAAGAGACUUUAAAAUAAAAUAAUAAUUUAAAUUUGAAACUUCUUUAAAGUUACUUAAAAAUCAAAGAAAAGAAAUCAGAUUUAAAAUUGUUAUUCUGUUUUAGUAUUCCUCUCAAAAAGACAUAAAAAUAUUCAUUACUUGAAAUUAACAUUCUGUCUAUCCUUUCAUUCCUUAAAAAAGUCACCAACAUCCAGGACAGUGAAUGGCAUUUUUAUGGCGAAAAAAAACUUUGUAAUAUAAGAUGUACUUUCAAAAUUAUUUACUGAAUACUUUUUUAUCUCGUAAUUGAUAUUUUAAGAAUCACGCUUGUAUAAACACAUUCCUACAUUUCUUAAAUUUUUUUUUUAAUGAUCAGAUUCAUUGGAAAUUUUUUUUUAAUCCUUCUUUUUAAAAUGUGCUUUUAACUUAUUGUGACUAUUUUUUUUUAAGAUUUGUUUUUAUGUAAAAUAUGGAUUCCUAUAUAGUNUUUUUUUUUUUUUUUUUUUUUUUUUUAGAUAUGACAUUCAAGCUGCGAGUUCUUUUUUAUAAUUCAUUAAUUUUUUACGUAUAAUUAUUUUUUUAAUAAAUCAGUAUUAAUAUCUGAAACAAAUGCCAAAUUUCAAUGAAGUUUGAAUGAAAAUCUUCAGUGCAUGUUGUCAUUUUACUCUUCAGCAUAUUUGUACCAUUAAUUCUUUUGUUGUUUGUAUCAUUACUUGUGCCAUGUCCCCAACUCAAGUGAUGUUUUUAAGAAAGUACUGUAGUCUCCGUGAACCCAUCUGGCCUUAUAAGUAUAAGGAAGACCAGGCAAUGGCGUUUUACUAGAAACUGUUUUACUAGGAAGGGCCAACAGCCAUAGGCAUUCCGCCAAGGGAAGAAUCCAAUUAAUGAGCAAGGGCACUAAACUUUAAAAAUUAAUCUUUUUUUAUGAAACCAUAAGUAAAUAUUUGUUUGGAACAAAUAUUUCAUCAAAAGUAUAAUUUUGAAACAAAUUUCAUAAUGAAGUUUUCUGACAUUUAGAUUUCAUUAAUUUUUAAUCAUAGAAUGGUUGCUAGUUAUAUUUAUAUAAAAAUUGGGUGUGAAAUAUAGAUUUAGAUUACUAUUAAUACAUAUCUCUUACACUCCUGUUUUCAAGGGAUUCUAAUAUCGGAGAAUCAGCAACAAAUUUUCUUGAUUUUGCACAGCGUCUCUUCAGGUCACUGCUUUAAACCUUAAAAUAAUAAAAGCAUAUCUGUUGGAAUAACAGGUACUGGCUCUUAAUCUUGAAAAAGCAUUAAUUAGAGUCUUAACCAUUCUCGCUAAUCCUUUAAAUAAUUAAUACUGCCUGUUUGUCUCUGCUAAAUUAUUAUUAACACCACUAUUUUGAAUGGACCAUUGACCACUAUUUUUUACAGGUUGUCCCUAGAUUGUUUUUUUUUUAAUAAUAGAAGAAUUUCUAUGUGUGCACGUGGAGCGAAAGUCUUUCUUGAAGGCUCACUUAGGUCAAGGGGUUAUGUGCAAGUUGUAUCAUUUGAGAAAGUGAAAGAUAUUUGAUUAUUUCAAUAAUUGAAAGGUUCAUUGUUGUAUUUAAUAAUAGAAUAAAUGUUAUGUAAAUCAUAAUUUUAAAAACUUGUGCUUCUUUGUUUUGCACAAAGAUUGUAAAAUAGAAAAAAAAAAUAUAUGUUGUGCUAAUUCUGUGCAACAAGGAAAGAAGAAAAAGUCAUUUUUAUGUAUUUAUAUAAAUAAACAUAACUCUAUGUGCAGAACAAAUUGAAAUAAAAAAAAAUUGUAUCUUCUUCUACGCCUACACAAUGUUGACAGUUGUACAAACUGUACAUUGGCCCUUUGUACAGUCCUACUCAAAGUGUGAGCACGCUUCAUUAAAAAAAAAUAAAUAAAUAAAAUAUAUUGUAUAUAAUUUAUUGACUUUUUAUCAAUCAGGUUCAAGGUCAGAUGCUGAUGAAAGUUCAUUGUUUACUAAUAAAAUACACAUAAGUUUUAA